UUUUUACACAACAAAUUCAACAGCAAAUAACAGCAUCAAUUGCAUUUAUGACUGUUGAAACAGAUUUAAAAGAAAUUCGAGAUUUUUUACGUACAACAAGAAAACGUAUGGAAGAUAAAGAAGCAAAAGCUAAAACUAUCAAUGAUUGGAAACAAGUUGCACUUGUACUUGAUCGAACUUUUUUUUUUAUUUACUUAGCUGCUAUUAUUAUCUCUCUUGCUGCUAUGUUCCCUAGAUAG